CCUGGCACCGCCGCAUAACAUUGAGCCAAGCCCGCCAGCAUUUCCACCAUUUUCUCCCGUAGAGAUCAUGAGUCUUGUUUUACUGAGUAAUGUUAUAGCCUGGGAUGCUCUGUAAACAGAAUGGAAGGGUUAACAUUAGAUGUAACCAACCUGGGGGAAGCUGGUGCGCAGAUGAUCACAUUAGUUGAGGCAACUGCUUUAGAAAGUCCUCAACAUAAUGUACAUAUCUUAACACAUCAGCUGGAGAGGGAUGAUGGGAACCCUCUCCACGAAGAACAUCAAGACCACGAUCCCCUUGAUCCUGACCCAAAACUUCCACUAGGGAACAGCAGUCCGCAUUGCCUUGUUUGUAAUGCAAAACUGGGAGUCUCAGCAAGAGGUGCUAUGGAGUUGUUUUCUGAAAAGGCUAAAACAUCUCACCGUCAGAUUGAAGUUCAUGUUCUGUUAAGUAAUAUUGUAAAUCAAGAGAUACAACACAAAUGCAUUCACUCCAGUAUUGUCUGCAAAAAAUGCUAUAAACUUAUAGAUGAUAUAGACUCUUUGGAAGGUCAGCUUAUAAGCAUGAAACAGGUUGUCACUAACAAGUACAUGAGAACUUUAGCUAUAGUGAAACAGGACACACUUCAAGGAGAAAUUGAAAAUGUGUUAGAUGAGGAUGCUUUGCAUCUUGAGGCAUCAACGCUAACCAAGGACGACCGAGAUUUCAAAGUCUAUAUGGGGUCUGGAGUAAAUGGGCGUGGUAGACGUGGUCGUCGUGGAAGGGGAAGGGGACGAGCUCCAGUGGUGAAAUUGGAAGUGAAACAAGAAGAACCUGUUGAACUAAUACAUGAACUUACGGCUACUGAUAAUGUGGAAUCUCUCAAACAACAGGGACUCCUUGCCUCCACAGAUAGCAAUGAUGGUCUUGGUGGUAGGAUAGAGGAUGACAUAGAAAAUGAUGGUGGGACAGAUAUUUUAAUGGUUGAAGAGGAGAUACUUGAAGAAUCAGCUGUAGUUGAAGAUGUUAUGGAAGUUGAUGGUUUGGACCUUGAAGAUAAUGAAGGAUGUGUCCAGAUUGGAGGACUUACAUUGUCUACACUUAACAGCCAUGAAUUAAAUGUUAAUCAUGAUAAUUCUGCCUUUCAAGAAGAACAACAUCUGCUUGAAGAUAGUAUUGAGAAGUACAAGUGUCGGUUUUGUUCCUUGAAAAUGAAUGUUUUAGCUGACAUUCAGAAACACAUGAGAGAGGCUCACCCUGAUCGCUUAUAUGAGUGUGAAGUUUGCCAAGAAAGGCUUCCUACAAAAGCUGAAUUAGUGAAUCAUUUAGAACAACAUAUGGCAUCAGGAGAAAAACCCUAUGAAUGCACCAUGUGUCCACGUAGGUAUGCCUUGCCCAGACAGCUGAAAGAACAUGUGCGGCAUCAUAUGAGCAAAACUUAUUCUUGUUCACGAUGCCCCAGAAGAUUUCGUUCUGCAACUGCUUUACAAGAACAUUUCAAUGGUCAUACUGGGAAUCGCCCUCAUGCUUGUGACCAGUGUGACAAGAAAUUCACAUCAAGGCAUAUUCUCAAGACCCAUAUGAAGACUCAUGGCGUUCGUCAAAGGCCAUAUCAAUGCAGAGCUUGUGGCAAACAUUUCCUUACUUCACAUCAUUUGACAGAUCAUAUGAAUUUACACCAAGGAAAAAAGAACUUCAUUUGUGAGACUUGUGGGAAGGCUUUUGCAACCCAGAGAAACCUUGACUUGCAUGCAAUCACUCACACAGGAGUCAAGAACUUUGCAUGUAGUAUUUGUAACAAAAUGUUUGCUCGAAAGGGGGAAGUGGAGGACCAUGAAAGAACCCAUACAGGUGAAAAACCAUUCCAGUGCGAGAUUUGUGGCUCUACUUUCAGUCAGAGAAGCAAUCUUCAGUCUCAUAAGAGAACUACACAUUAUCAAGAAAAGCGAUAUCAGUGCAGUCGCUGCAGCAAGGCUUUCAAGAGAAAGAGAUUACUGGUUUAUCAUGUUAUGAGCGUACACACUGGAGAACGUCCUUAUAAAUGUGAACAGUGUAAUGCUGGGUUUGUAUAUCCUGAACACUAUAAAAAACACUUACGAAUACAUACUGGGGAAAAACCAUUCCGAUGUGACAUCUGUGGAAAGAAUUUCAAUUCCCGGGAUAACCGUAAUGCACAUAAAUUUAUACACUCCGACAAGAAACCUUAUGAAUGUACUCUCUGCGGUGCCGGAUUUAUGCGCAAACCUAUGUUGGCCUCUCAUCUUCAGCAGCAUGGCCACACAGAAAAUAUAGAGGCUUAUAUAAAAGUGAAUCCACCAACGAUUGUAGCUAAUGAAAGUGGUGUUAGUAGUGUUUCUAGCCCUGUGGGAUCUGUUAGAACAGUAAAAUUAGAUGAUGAUCAGUCUCUAGAUCCUAGUUUAGAUGGUUCAGUUCAACUAGUUCGCAGCACUGUGCGUGAUGGCGAAACUGUAGAGGUUAUGUCUCGACCAGUACACAUUAUAGAUGCAGAUGACCUUCCACGUUAUAUUAUCCAUGCUGCUAAUAGUGAUAGACCGGAAGAAGGCGUAGGGCAUUUCUUUGCAUCACUCCAAGGUCAGGUUGUUGAAGUUCGUGCCGAUGACAUUGAAAGAUAUUCAGAUCUAACGGCCGACCAGAUGACUCAAGUAGCACAAGUUGCAGCUCAGGUUGUGUCUAGUCAAUCUGCAGGCACUAGCAUCCAGCAAGUAGCUGUUUCUGGAGAUAUUCGACCAUUCCACAUUCAGUUAGAGCCAGCUACCCGUGACAUUACUUUACAGACUCAAAAUGGACAAGCUCGAGAGGUUACUGCAACUAUUGGAUUACCGACUGCUACAACGGUGUCUACACGUGAUGGAACUUUGUCCACUGGGAAUCAUGGCACAGCAGUACUGGUAGGUAGUCGUCAGAUGCACUACGAUUCUGGAGCACUAACACAAAGCCCAUUGAGAAAAGUUUUGACUGAAAAAGAUGACAUUCGAACAACAACAGUGCUGAACAUAACGACUAAUUCAGAGACACGUAGUGCAGUAUUCAGGCCAUGGCCACAACAUACUAUAGAUACAAAUAGCAGUAAUUUUAUAGGAAAUUAGUGAGAGGGCAGUUCUCUCAGGUGUUCUAAUUAGAUUUUAGUUUUAUAUGAAUUAAUAAUAAACUAUGUAAUGAGCACAACAUUACAUACUUAUGCUCUGCUUCCCUUAAAGAUUAGAAUUCACUAGUAUAUUGAAAUUUUAUAGAAAAAUUCAGCAGCCCCAGGUAUUUAUGCUGCAGUAUAUUUUAUCCAUAUAUUCAGACCCCAAAAUAGACUUACAUGACUGCAAGCUAUUGUUGAUUAUAUAUAUAAUGGGAAGGAUAGCUAAUUUCAAGGCGAAAAAAUAAUUGGAAUUUCUAUUGAAUCACUUUGCAAUUGUAAUCAUACACUUUCACUGUUAUUUUGCAGGGCACAAUUGAAAGUUUGCUUUUGGAAAUGUGAAAAUUAUCUUUGGUAUGGAAGAUGUUUUGAGAUUUUUCAUAAACUGGUAAACUGGUUUUGGUGAAGUAUGUGAAAUUAGAACAUUGCAAUGUUAUUUAUAAAGUAUGCAUCGUCAUCAUCCAUUUCUUGAUAUGCAUAAGAGAGGUUAAUAGUGACUGAGGAUACACAACUAAGAUUGCAGGUUUAAGACAACAGUGCAAGUUUAAGCUUUGAACAUUUGCUCUUGUUCAUGAAGCACUACGCAUUGAAGUUGAACCUCAUUAUGUAGAAUAGCGAAAGGGCUAUAUUUUAUACAUGAGUCAGAAUUUCCGAACAGUUUUCACAAAACACAAAAUGAAUUACAGUUUAUCAACAUCUGAAAUGUGUAAUGCACUGCUAUUUAAGAGAAAGUUAAGACAUGUAUAUCUUUGCAAAAUGUAUGGCUGAAGUACUUGCUUUUUGCUUCUUAUUUUGAUCCUUUUGAAGUUGGUUCCUAAAUUCCCCAUCCCUCAUUUAAGAGUAUAAAUCCUUGUUCAUACCUUUAGUAGUAUUUACCAUAAUGUCUAUCCAUAUGCUCUCAUCUUAAUUUGAUUGUCAAUUAGGAAAUAACAGAUACCUGUAAAUUAAUUAUUUUUGUAAUCUAGAAAAUAUAUUUCAAAGCAUCUUAUGUCUAAUAUCAAUUGAGCUCAAUUGACCUUAAUCAUAUUAGUACUGUCUUCACUUGUGUAUGGUAUUUAGUUUCUCAUUUUCUGGGUAUUUCUAUUAUUUGUAAUCAGCUUGGUUAUUGCUGUUUUUGAAGAAGUGUACAGUAUAAUUUAUUAUUGGUAAAUUAUCCCCUCAAGAAUCUGGAUUUUUUUAGAUAAACUUGCCCUAAUUGAUGUUUCCUUAUUUGCAUUGAUGUAAUUAGGCUUUAGAACAUCAUUGGAAGGUAUUCUGCUUGGAAAGUUCCAACAGGAAGGUAUCCACAUUCCAAUUUUACACUUUUACCGGACUCCAGCAGUCGCUAGAGAAUUUUCCCUUAUGUUAAGAUCAAAGGUUUGUUAGUUAUGGAAAACACAAGUUGACUUAAAAUUUGUCAUCUUUACACUGUUGAAUACCAAAGGUUUUUCAUUCCCACUGCUGCAGAAUGGUCUUCCUGUUACUUAAUAAUGAUGCAUAAAGGUUCAAGAGGCUAUACAAGCACUUUAGUGCAAUAUAUUAUUACCUUAGUUUUCUAAUGUGUUUAUGACAUAUUAUUGUGUAUGUAUACAUGCUUAUUGUCCCUUUUCAUGAUUUCAUAUAUGUGGUUAUUCUGUUCUUUUCAGAGUCUGAAGUAUGCUUUGUAAGUUAGUAGCCUUUAUGGUUAAUCCAUCAGAAUGUUUGAACAUAUACGUAGUGUGAAAAUAAGUGUGUAAGUUUUGUUGCUUAGAAUAAAUUUUCAUGUUUUUUAGUGCUGGAAUUCAUUUUAGCUAUGUACACCAGUUAUGGCCAUCUAAUAUCUUGAAAAUGUUGUUUAUUAAUGGCAAUGUGAUUUGGAUCAAAGAUUCAGGUUAGUUCUAGUUUAUUGUUUUACCUGUGCAUACGUAUAGGGCUUAUGUAAAUGCGCGUGCUGUGAUCCAAUGGAGGCUAAAAUUAUCAUUUUGCUUAACUUUUUUCUUCAAGUUACUUAGCUAAAGAAUAAUCUAAGUUCAGUUGUCAAAAUGACCUGAUUUUCUUUUAAUUUGCCUUCUAUUAAUGCUUUUACAAUGAUUAAUUUUUUAUGGAUAUGUGCAUACAGUUGAUUAUACAAGGAGUCAAAAAGUUACAAGAACUGAGCAUUAGACAAGCAAGCAAGACCUAGACAGAAAGUUGUGUUCAUCACAUCACAGUCUAGUUUCACUGGUAGCAAUGAUGUUUUAUGCAACAUAAGCCAAGAAAAGAGGUAAGGAGGGAAAUCCAUGUAACUGGAGAGAAAAAUUAAUUACUAUAUAGCUAAUUCUUUCAAGACUGCUGAUAGCAACAUUUUAAAACUGGUAUUAGACCAUCUGACAAGUGAUAUUUCACUGCUUAAAAAGGUGUAAGGAAGGGCUAGCUCUCUUGAGUCAGAGGAGUGGUACAUACAUGAAAGUGCCUUAGAAUUAUGCAACCUUACUCUACAUAAGAGAUAUCAGAUAGAAGUGAGGAUAUGCAAUGCAGUGCUGUCAACAAGAUAAACAAAAUAAGUACUCAGUAUAUGAGAGUCAUAUUCUAAGAAGGCAUGGAGAAACAGCACAACUAUGUACUUAUUUAAAAGCAAAUUUAGUUAUGUUUUUGUGUUAUCUUCAACACUAGUUUGAAUUAUAUGUACUCUUAGAAGGAUCAGGUGAGCAUGAUGAUAAAGAAUUGAAGAAUGCAAAAUACAGCAGAAAGUGAUGACGGAAGAAAAUCUUCCUGGAUUCAACACGUGAAUAGUUAUCAGGUUUCCCAUUUAGAUAUAACCUCAAACUCGAGGUACCAGAGGGAGCUGUUAUUUGCGACCUACUACGACUGAGAAAGGAGUACUGAAGAUUAAAAGCAAAAUUGUGAGCUACUAUGACUGAGAAAGGAGGGCUGAAGAUAAAAGGAAAAAAUAAAGCCUGGAGGCUUGAAAAUCAUGAGCAAAUGAUUUUCACUAAAAAGGAAAGGGGAUGGAAUAAAGAAUGGUUAUGAUGGAGAGGAGGUAAUUUUUGCAUUACCCAGAAGAGCUGUAUUGUACUAGUAAUCUCUAAUGGGUCAGAAAUUUCAUCAUUACUAUCUUACUGGGUUAUUUAUUAAAAAAUGGUGCAAAGCAAAGUAGAAAAUAGGCCUCUUUCCUAAUGCCUUCCAAUGCCCCAGUUAAAUCCCUAGCAAAUACUAUCCUGUUGAUCUGUAAGAUGAGUGCUAAUGAGGAUAUGGACAUGAAAUGAAAAAUUUUCUGGUAAAAAGUUCUGCAAUGGGAAUGGUCUAUUGGACAACUUUGGGUGAAAUAUUUUCUUUAGAGUAUGCUCUGUGGUGAAUGGUAUUAUUACUGCCAAGUUAUUAUACGGGUAAAAUAUUUUAGGUAGACCACAGAGUUACUUUUCUAGUCUUAAGGAAUUGGCCUGAACGGCUUUAUUUUGUGACGUAAAAAUUGGCCAGCAUGGUAUAGAGAUGAAAGGCCAGAAAACAAUGCAUUCAGUGACCAUAGGAGUGUUAGGAAUAUAUCAGCAUCAAUAACCACUUAGUAUAUAGCAAAAGUAACAGUGAUUAAGAAUGGAAGCCAGAAAACCAAAGAGGCUGCUAUUUUGAAGGAACAAGAAUCUAUAAACCACAUAAGAUUAAAAUAGCAUUAGUCAUUGAAGACUUUGCCAAAUUGGCUUGGAGGUUCAUAUUAUAAAGCUGUCUAAAUGAAAACUUUGCUUGAGUGAAAUUUUCCUAGAUAUGUAUAUUUCCAGCAUGGCUUGGGCUUUGGCUCUAAUGACACUGAAUUCUAAUAUACGUACAACUAAAUUAACCUUUUCUCUUGUCAACUGUACUUUCUUUAAUCCAUUUGUUGCCCAGCACAUUUGUCUUAAGGCUU